UCCGUCCCUCUAGCGCGUUCUCUCAUUGUCGUUUGCCUCUCGUCUGCCGCCUCUCUCUCUCGUCGUCGGUUCUCUGUUCCAGCCGAAAUGAAGCACAACAACGUCAUUCCCAACGGUCACUUCAAGAAGCAUUGGCAGAACUACGUGAAGACAUGGUUCAACCAGCCUGCCAGGAAAACCAGAAGAAGGAUCGCAAGACAGGAAAAGGCAGUGAAGAUCUUCCCUCGUCCCACUGCUGGACCCCUUCGCCCCGUCGUGCGUGGACAGACCCUCAAGUACAACAUGAAAGUUAGAGCUGGCAGAGGAUUUACCCUUGAAGAGCUAAUCCGGAUCCAAGCCCGCCCGAAAAUAUUGGAUUCGGGUUUGAAAUUUCAGGUCCGAAAAAAUCAAAUCGGACUCGGACUUGAUCGGCUUAAGCCUGACGGGCCCAAAGCCCGUUAA